GCUGCUUCCCGACUUCAGACUUCGACAACUCCACAGCAUCACGCUCGCCUCUCGGCCACUCCAAUAGUCCAAUGGCGUGCUCGCUCCUCCCGCUCCACGCCCCCCUCUCCUCUUCGCCUGGUCUCCUCGCCUCCCGCCCCGCGUCCAGAGCCCUCCCUCUGUGCCCCCGCGGGCCUAGGGUUCCGCGCAACCGUCCCCCGCCCCCGCCGCGAGCGCUCCCGGACAUUGCCGCGGGGGCUGCGUCGGGAAUUCGGGACGCGCUCGCGGACGCCUUCCUGGCGUCGCCGCCGACGUGGCGGUCCGCCGCGGCCAGCAACCUCGCCGUAUUCGUCGCCGGAUCGCCGGUGCUCCUCUCCGGCCUCUCCGCCUCGGGCGUCGCUGCCUCAUACCUCCUCGGCACCCUGACGUGGCGCGCGUUUGGUCCCCCGGGGUUCCUCCUCGUCGUCGCCUACUUUGUCGUGGGUACAGCAGUAACUAAGCUGAAGAUAAAACAGAAGGAAGCUCAAGGAGUGGCUGAGAAAAGAGGAGGAAGGAGAGGGCCUGGAAGUGUUAUUGGUUCUAGCGCUGCCGGUUGUGUUUGUGCUCUACUUUCAAUAUAUCAUGUAGGUGGUGCAACAUUCUCUGAGCUCUGGAGACUUGGCUUUGUUGCCAGUUUCUGUACUAAACUAAGUGAUACAGUUUCCAGUGAAAUAGGGAAGGCUUUUGGAAGAACGACAUACCUGGUGACAACAUUUAAGGUUGUUCCUAGAGGUACAGAAGGUGCAAUCAGUAUUGAGGGUACACUUGCUGGAAUUCUAGGAUCUGUGUUUCUUGCAAGUGUUGGUUAUCUUCUUGGGCAGGUGAAUAUAUCACAAGUUGCAGUAUGCCUUCUUGCGUCCCAGAUUGCAAAUUAUGGUGAGAGUUAUAUUGGGGCGACAUUACAAGAUAAGGAAGGUUUUGAAUGGCUGAAUAACGAUAUUGUCAAUGUAAUGAAUAUCUCCAUUGGUGCCAUAUUGGCUGUUCUAAUCCAGCAGUUGGUCGUGAAUUGGAGCUCUUGAUUUUUUCCAUUUGACUUCAGCUGUGCGCUGCUUUUGUAACUUAUACUUUAGUAGUAGCUACUAUAUUUUGCCCAUCUGAAAUGUAACCGUAGAUUCACAUUUGGGCCAUUCCAACUUUCUCUAGGUUCUAUUCUUUGUUAGUAGUUAUGCCUACUGUGAAAAUGCAAAAGUGUCUUUCCUUCAGGUA